AUGAAUGCGAGGUUUGAAGCGAGGGUGAGUAUGUAUUUGGGUGAGGGGGUAGAGGUGAUGGGGUCUGGGAAGAGGAAGAGGGAUAGUGGGGACGAGGGUGAAGGGAAGGAUGGGAAGAAGAAGAAGAGGGAAGAGGGAAGUGAAGGUGAGCGAGGUGAAGAGCAAGAGAAGGGAGAAGGGAGACGCCGGAAAAUCACCAUGAGGGUGCGAUUUUUUUCCAAGGAGAAGAAUGAAGGUUCUUCGUCAGAACAACAACAACAAGGUCCAUCCAACAAAGGACAAACACAACCCAACCACGCCCACCCCAUGCCCCGCAAACCUCCCUCUUCAACCUUUAACCCAAAAUCGCCUCCAAAAGCAACAAGGCAAUCAUCCCGCACCCAACCGCCCCUCCCUUCCGCAUCAAACCCCCCUUCCCCCACCACAACCACCACUGCAACCAUGCCCCCUCCCAACCUCAACCUCAAGCAACCCCCCCUUCACCCCCAUCUCCACGUAACAAACGAACCACCCAUCCCCUGGGACCCCAUCCCCUUCCCCUGCGCCCUCCUCCCAGACGACCACGAAGGCGCGCCAGCAGCUUGGAAGCGGCUUUUCCCCAAUGAAGAGGAGUUUGGCGAGUAUGGUGGGAAGCCGACGGGGUGGAUGGAGAAGAUGACGUGGAAGGGGGGGAGGUGGGUGGAGAGGGGGGAGGGGGAUGUGUAUGUUGAACGGUUUUUGGGGAGGGGGUAG